CGAGUCCGCGCGAGGGAACUGCAGCGCGCCCGGGUGCGGAGCGGCGUCCGGCGAGCGCGGCGCCAGCAUGAAGCGGCUGCGUGUGCCCUGUUGAAAUUUGAUGGCCACAGCCCCAGGCCCUGCUGGCAUUGCCAUGGGCAGCGUGGGCAGCCUGCUGGAGCGGCAGGACUUCUCCCCUGAGGAGCUACGGGCCGCGCUGGCAGGGUCGCGGGGCUCCCGCCAGCCCGAUGGACUCCUGCGGAAAGGCUUGGGGCAGCGUGAGUUCUUCAGCUACCUGCACCUGCCCAAGAAGGAUGGCAAGACCAGCAAGCGAGCCCCUCGGAACGAGCCCGCUGACUACGCCACCCUGUACUACCGGGAACACCCUCGAGCCAGCGACUUCAGCAAGACCUCGCUGCCCGAGCGGGGACGCUUCGACAAGUGCCGCAUUCGCCCAUCGGUGUUCAAGCCUGUGUCGGGCACCGGAAAAGGCUUCCUGUCCAUGCAGAGCCUGGCGGCCCACAAGGGCCAGAAGCUGUGGCGCAGCAACGGCAGCCUACACACACUGGCCUGCCAUCCGCCCUUGAGCCCGGGGCCCCAGGCCAGCCAGGCCAGAGCGCAGCUGCUGCACGCCCUGAGCCUGGAUGAGGCCGGCCCGGAGCCUGAGCCCAGUCUGUCCGACUCCUCCAGCGGCGGCAGUUUUGGCCGCAGUCCUGGCACUGGUCCCAGCCCCUUCAGCUCCUCACUGGGCCACAUCAACCACCUUGGGGGCUCCCUGGACCGGGCCUCAAGGAGCCCCAAGGAGGCCGGGCCACUCUCUGUGCUGAGCUGCCUACCCGACCCGCCGCCCCCCUAUGAGUUCUGCUCCAGCGCUGAUGAGGUGGUGGCUGUGCUGCCGGACAGCUGUGAGCAGCUGAAGCGGGACCUCGGUGAGCAGGAUGGCUCCAGCCCCUUCACUCAGGUGCUGGAGGAGCGACAGCGGCUGUGGCUGUCUGAGCUGAAGCGCCUGUAUGUGGAACGGCUGCACGAGGUGGCCCAGAAGGCUGAGCGCAGUGAGCGCAACCUCCAGCUGCAGCUGUUCAUGGCCCAGCAGGAGCAGCGGCGUCUGCGCAAGGAGCUCCGGGCUCAGCAGGGCCUAGGCCCUGAGCCUCGGCCCCUCGGCACACACGCAGAGGCCGACCCCAGCGCCCGGCCAGAGGAGGAAGCCCGAUGGGAGGUAUGCCAGAAGACGGCAGAGAUAAGCCUCUUGAAACAGCAGCUGCGGGAAGCCCAGGCCGAGCUGGCGCAGAAACUGGCAGAGAUCUUCAAUCUGAAGACGCAACUUCGGGGCAGUCGGGCACAAGCCCAGGCUCAGGACGCAGAGCUGGCCCGGCUGCGGGAGGCCGUGCGCAGCCUCCAGGAACAGGCCCCCCGGGAGGAGGCCCCAGGCAGCUGUGAGACUGACGACUGCAAGAGCAGGGGGCUUCUGGGGGAGGCGGGAGGCAGUGAGGCUGGAGACGGUGCCGGUGCCGAGCAGCUGCGGGCAGAGCUGCUGCAGGAGCGGCUUCGGGGCCAGGAGCAGGCGCUGCGCUUUGAGCAGGAGCGGCGGACUUGGCAGGAGGAGAAGGAGCGGGUGCUACGUUAUCAGAGGGAGAUCCAGGGCGGCUACAUGGACAUGUACCGUCGCAACCAGGCUCUGGAGCAGGAGCUGCGGGCGCUGCGGGAGCCCCCUGCGCCCUGGAGUCCUCGGCUGGAGUCCUCCAAGAUCUGAGGCCGGCAGAGUGGGCCGCCAGCGGGGGGCUGCUGUCAGAAGACGCCUGAGAGGGCCGGCUCCUCCCUUAUGCAGGUCUGGAGCAGAAGCUGCAGGGGCCGGCCCAGGGCUGGGGAGGCCCGCCGAGAGGAGGGGGACCCAGGGCGGCUGUGGGCUGAUGCUAGGGUGCUAGCAGCACGAGCCAGGGCAAGGCCCUCCUGGCAGAGGAGCACCGGGGCAGGGCCUAGCCCUGCUCCCUGGAGUGGGGGUGCCCCAGGGGAGGAGGCUGGGGAACCAGAGCCCUAUGGUGCCCAAAGGCAGGCGAGAGGGAGGCUGGAGACCCAGGCUGAGGUCUUUCCGGAGGGGAGGAAACUGGAAUGGGAACAUUGGUCUCCCACAGAAUAAAACCACAUUUUCU